CAAGAACGGAUGACGUAGUACACAUUGUGUUGUCCGGAGCUGAGGAAGCAUGUCUUCCACGUUAGGAGUUCUGAGCGACGCGGAAAGGCUGUUUAUUGUCCACGGAGUACAGGAUGACCUGCGGUCUGACGGCCGUGCCUGUGAAGACUACAGACAUGUCGAGGUGGAAACUGACGUGGUGUCCAACACCAGCGGAUCUGCUCGACUCAGACUGGGUAACACAGAUAUUCUGGUUGGUGUAAAAGCUGAGAUGGGGGAGCCAGAUCCAGGAAGACCAAAAGAAGGAAAACUAGAAUUCUUUGUAGAUUGUUCAGCCAAUGCUUCACCCGAGUUUGAAGGAAGAGGAGGAGAAGAACUAGCCAUUGAGGUCUCUAAUGCUUUACAAAGAAUAUUCAACAGCAAAAGUACCCUGGAUCUGACUGCUCUGUGCAUCAUACCAGGAGGGCAGUGUUGGGUCCUCUUUGUGGAUGUCCUGGUUUUGGAGUGUGGAGGGAACCUGUUUGAUGCUGUAUCUCUAGCUGUCAAAGCUGCCCUCUAUAACACAAGAAUUCCCACAGUGAUAGUGACGGCAGAUGAUGAGGGUCAACAGGAGAUUGAGCUGUCAGAUGACCCAUAUGAUGUCAAAAGGCUGGACGUGGACAAUGUACCUCUUAUUGUCACAUUGAGCAAGAUUGGCCACAGACAUGUAGUGGAUGCUAGUUGGGAGGAAGAGCUGUGUUCCCUGGCCAGACUCACAGUUGGAGUCACCCAGAAGGGAACCAUUGCUGGCCUCAACAAGGAAGGCUCGGGGAGUCUGGACCCUGAGAGCAUCUAUGAGAUGAUAGAGUCUGGUAAGAAAGUGGGAGUGGUGCUGAAUUCUAGGCUUAAAGAAGCCUUGGAGAAAGAAGAGAACAGCAAAAGGGAAAAAGUUGGCUUCUUAGGAUAGGAGUACAGUACUAUAUUUUGAAGUAUAUUAGAGCAGUAUUUUUGAAACCUCAGAAUGGGACCAAAAAGUCCAAGCUUGGAGUA